GUAUUAGUAGUAAGAUAUAACUGAGGGAAAUUGCUUGGAAGCUUCAGUAAUCAAUUCACCAGUUUUGGUUUGAGGAGAAGCAAAGAACAAAGGGAAAAGGCCGUAAACGCGUCUCUUCAUGAUCUACCAAUAGAUUUCGAGAAGCAAUCUGAUCGGACGGUGUAUCUCUCCUGCGACAGGCUUUUGAAGAUAAGCAACAAUGACCGAGCAUUUUAAUGGGUCUUCAAAUGUUUGGCACUCUAACAAUGUGGAGGCCGGCAAUGUCACUCAGAUUGACAAUGAUGAGUCUUCAUCUGGUGCGUUUCAGAUAUACAGGACCAAAAAUGCGUCUGCAGCAUGCCUCAGAAGAUGGAGGCAAGCAGCCCUCGUGUUAAAUGCUUCAAGGAGAUUUAGGUAUACAUUAGAUUUGAAAAGGGAAGAAGAGAAGAAGCAGACAAUAAGGAAGAUCAGAGCACAUGCUCAAGUCAUACGAGCUGCUUAUCUAUUCAAAGAAGCUGGGCAAGGAGUAAAAGUGCCCGGAACCCCAAAAUCACCCGUGAGUACAUUGAGUGGCGGUGAUUUUGGCAUUGUUCAAGAGAAACUGUCGUCAAUAACAAGGGACCAUGAUUUAAAUGCUUUGGAAGAACUUGGGGGAGUCAAAGGAUUGGCAGGGUCUCUUAAAACUAAUGUAGAUAAGGGAGUAUCAGGAGAGGAAGAUGAUUUAUUGAAGCGUAGGAAUGCUUUUGGUUCCAAUACUUAUCCGCGAAAAAAAGGACGUGGAUUUUGGAGAUUUGUUUGGGAUGCUUGCAAAGAUACUACACUGAUCAUCUUGGUUGUAGCCGCAGCUGCUUCUUUGGGGCUCGGUAUAAAGACUGAGGGUAUUGAAGACGGAUGGUAUGAUGGGGGAAGCAUUUCCUUGGCCGUUCUUAUUGUUAUUGUUUUUACUGCUAUUAGUGAUUUUAAACAAUCCCUUCAAUUUCAAAAUUUAAAUGAAGAGAAGCAGAACAUACAUUUAGAGGUUACUAGAGGUGGCCGUAGAGUUUCGGUUUCAAUAUUUGAUAUUGUUGUAGGUGAUGUUAUACCUCUCAAAAUUGGUGAUCAGGUCCCUGCAGAUGGAAUACUAAUUUCUGGCCAAUCUCUUGCAAUUGAUGAAUCAAGCAUGACAGGAGAGAGCAAGAUUGUUCGCAAGGAUGUUAAAGGGGGGCGGUUAUUUUUAAUGUCUGGCUGCAAAGUAGCUGAAGGCUAUGGAACAAUGCUGGUUACCGGCGUUGGUAUUAAUACAGAAUGGGGGCUACUAAUGGCCAGCAUUUCUGAGGACAAUGGUGAAGAAACACCACUGCAGGUGCGUCUAAAUGGGGUCGCUACAUUUAUUGGUUUUGUUGGACUAUCAGUUGCCAUAAUUGUUCUUGUUGUCCUUAUCAUAAGAUACUUCACCGGCCACAGUAAAAAUUCUGAUGGGUCUAUACAGUUUAUUCAUGGAGUAACUAAGUUUGGUAAAGCUAUAGAUGGAGUGAUUAGAAUCUUCACAGUCGCGGUUACUAUCGUGGUGGUUGCAGUUCCUGAAGGCCUACCGUUAGCUGUUACUUUAACGCUUGCAUAUUCUAUGAGAAAGAUGAUGGCAGACAAGGCUCUGGUCAGGCGGUUAUCAGCUUGUGAAACCAUGGGCUCCUCCACUACUAUUUGUAGUGAUAAAACUGGAACACUAACUUUGAAUGAGAUGACUGUGGUUGAAGUCCACAGUUGUGGCAAAAAAAUUGACCCUACAGAUUCUAAGACGCUGUUACCUCCAACUGUUAAUGGUUUACUUAUUGAAGCAAUUGCACAGAACACAACUGGAAGUGUUUUCAUUCCCGAGGGGGGUGGAAUUGCAGAAGUAUCCGGAUCACCUACGGAAAAGGCCAUUCUUCAGUGGGGUGUUAACAUUGGUAUGGAUUUUGAUGCCAACAGAAAAAACUCCUCAAUUAUACAUGCUUCCCCAUUCAACUCUGAUAAAAAACGAGGAGGGGUUGCACUGAAACUGCUCAAUUCUGAGGUUCAUAUCCACUGGAAAGGUGCUGCUGAAAUUAUUUUGUCUUCAUGUACAAGAUACUUUGAUGAAAUGGAUACUUUAGUACCAAUGAACGAAGAUAAGAUGGAGUUAUUCACAAAAGCAAUUGAAGAUAUGGCAGCAAGAAGUUUGCGUUGUGUUGCUAUUGCUUACAGGACAGAGAGACUUGAAAAUAUUCCAUCUACUGAGGAUGAGAUGGCAUGGAGAUUACCUGAAGAUGAUCUUGUAUUACUAGCCAUUGUUGGUUUGAAGGAUCCUUGUCGACCAGGUGUUAGAGAGGCAGUACAGCUAUGCACCAAAGCUGGUGUUAAGGUGCGCAUGGUCACUGGUGACAAUCUCAAGACAGCAAAAGCUAUUGCUUUAGAAUGUGGAAUACUAGCAUCAGAAGAAGAUGCAGUUGAGCCAUAUCUAAUUGAGGGAAAGACUUUCCGUGCCUUGUCUGAUAUAGAACAACAAGAGAUAGCUGAGAAGAUCUCGGUAAUGGGAAGGUCAUCUCCUAAUGAUAAACUGCUCCUAGUGCAAGCAUUGAGAAAGAAGGGACAUGUCGUUGCUGUAACUGGAGACGGAACUAAUGAUGCCCCUGCCCUGCAUGAGGCUGAUAUUGGUCUAGCUAUGGGUAUCCAAGGAACAGAAGUUGCAAAAGAGAGUUCUGAUAUAAUCAUACUGGAUGACAAUUUUGCUUCUGUUGUGAAGGUUGUCCGGUGGGGGCGUUCAGUCUAUGCAAAUAUUCAGAAAUUUAUUCAGUUCCAACUUACAGUUAAUGUUGCAGCUCUUGUAAUUAAUGUUGUCGCGGCAGUUUCAGCUGGGGAUGUUCCAUUAAAUGCAGUACAGCUGCUUUGGGUUAAUCUCAUCAUGGAUACUCUUGGAGCACUUGCACUUGCUACGGAGCCACCGACUGAUCAUCUGAUGCAUAGGAACCCUGUUGGACGAAAGGAACCAUUAAUAACGAAUAUUAUGUGGAGGAAUUUGCUAAUUCAGGCAUUUUAUCAAGUGACUGUUCUUCUUGUACUCAAUUUCAAAGGCAAAAGUAUUCUCCAUUUAGAGAAUGAAAGUGCAGAACAUGCCAAUAGAGUGAAGAAUUCUUUGAUAUUCAAUGCCUUCGUCCUUUGUCAGAUUUUCAAUGAACUUAAUGCUCGUAAGCCUGACGAGAUUAACGUGUUUAAAGGAGUUAUCAAAAACCACCUAUUUAUGUUAGUAGUUGGAUUCACUCUUGUAACUCAGAUCAUCAUAAUUUUCUUCCUUGGAAAGUUCUUCUCCAUUGUGAGGCUGAGCUGGCAGCUGUGGCUCGUCUCUAUUGUCAUUGGCUUGAUCAGUUGGCCUCUUGCUAUUGUUGGGAAGUUGAUUCCUGUUCCAGACACGCCAUUUAGUGAAUCAUUUGGGCGGUUCUUUGCAAGUUUAUGGGGUAAUCGCAGGCGGUAGACAUUUUGAAGGCAAUAGUUGAUGCAGGCGCUCUCAUCACAUUUUGGAAUAAUUUUCCAAAAUUCACAGGCAAUAAAUAAUAUUGGCCAAGAAAGUUGUAGCAAAGUUGAAAGCGUGACAAAAGAUGAUUAUAUUGGAAUAACAGUGUUUCCCACUCUGUAAGAGGGGUUGGUUGGUGAAAAACAACAUUUGUACAUGUAAUAGUACUUUACGGUUGCCCAAUUUUUUCCGCCAAACCAAAGUUUUAACCGACAAACAUGCAAAGGGGCAUGGAUUCUAGCCAUACUCAUUUACAUAAACUCGGGCUGGUCUGGUCUGGCCUGGCCUCGGCCUGUUGCCUUAGAACUCUCGUUUGCUAUAUCGAAGUACAAUGUGUAUGAUUGAUUCUAAGGGUGUUUUGAAUUUGCAGGCUUUAACAUAUA